UUGAUAUUUAGAAGUGACGAUGUCGAUGAGUACUCACAUGAGGCAUCAGAUUUCAAUCAGCACAGUUCAUUUGGGCGCAAACCGGAGAAGUCCCGCAAACAGAAUAUUCGCGAGCUUCGGGAGGACUUUGAGUAUGACCCCGAGCUUUAUGGUAUCAGGAGAUCAGAAAGGAGUCGUAAAGAGCCCAAUCGCUUUGACGCCAUUGCAGAAGUUGGGAUAGAGCGACGACCCCCGACUAAGGCGCGUGGGCGCAUCCUCUCAGAAUCUGAUUCAGAUGAAGAGGCACGUGAUGAGAAUUCUUCGGAAAGCAGUUCGAAUCGGGGGCUGUACAAAAAUAGGCACAGUUCCCGGUUUUCGGGCCGCACUCGUGGUUGCCGGGUCAACUAUAAAAGUGCUUUCAAUGACGAAAGUGAUUCGGCAGAUGAUGGAGAUUAUGAAAUGGCAAACGGGCACACAGCAGAAAGUCGCAGUCGCCGGGCUCCUUUGGCUGCAAAUGCUAACAGAACUCAGCACGCAAUGCUGCAAAAACCGCGAGGUCCCCUGAUAAGAAUGUCUGGGAAGGCGUCUGAAAGGUACCACUUCUUGGAGGAAGUAAAGCAAGCUGAUAUCUCUGAUGCUGAUUCUUACGGUCCGCAACAUGAAAAUUUGUCCGAUGACUCAACAGCUGAGGAUUCCCGGCAAGCUCCAACUGAUUACACCGGUGCAGACAUGGGUGAGGAGGAAACUGACGUGAUUGAAGAGGUUCUGAGUCACGCUGUUCGUCGCGUCGGUGCCACAGGGAAUCGGACAACCCUUUACAAUUGUCGUCUUGAAUACGAUCCAAAUGAAGGAUUUGAUCCUGCUAAGGAAAAGGGUGAGGUGCAAUACUUGAUCAAGUGGCGCUCUUGGAGCCACAUCCAUUCCACUUGGGAGACUGAGGCCUCACUUACAAGCACCGAUCGUGGGUGUCCCGUUGAUGGACUGAAACGCCUCUACGCAUAUCAGGCGAUCGUUGAAGAGCGAAAAGAACGCGAAAAGCUAGCCGGCCGUGACGAACUUGAAGCGAUGCUCUACGAAGAUGAGCGGAAUGAACUCAUUCUUUCGGAAAAGAUGGAUGUUGAUAGAAUUGUCGCUCACAGCCGGGACAAAGAACAGGGGUCGGUUGACUAUCUGUGCAAGUGGCGUCGGCUCGACUACCGAUUUUGUACAUGGGAAUCAGGACGAGUUAUCAAGUUUCUCUAUCCUGGAGCUAUCGAGGCUUACCAGAGGCGAUGCAAUUCGACGACUCUGCCAAAUUUACAUCACGCGGCUCUUUUGAAUCGUCCACGUUUUGUUCGGCUCAUGGAGCAGCCUAAAUACGUAGGUGAAGGUAAUGCUGACUUGCAGUUGCGUGACUACCAACUCAAGGGGCUCAAUUGGAUCGCGCACGCAUGGACUCGUGGUAACAGCGUUAUUCUUGCUGACGAAAUGGGUCUCGGGAAGACCAUCCAAGCAGUUAGUUUCCUCUCCUACCUCUUUCAUGAGCACGGUAUCCAUGGGCCCUUUCUUCUCGUUGUUCCCUUGAGCACCAUUUCCAGUUGGCAAAAGGAGUUCGAGCUUUGGGCUCCUCAGCUGAACAUGAUUGUCUACGUAGGUGAUCAUAUUUCGCGGCAGUUCAUUCGCGAACACGAGUGGUCUCAUGCCGGAGUAGGUGGUGGGAGACGACAGCAGCUGCUCAAAUUUAACGUCUGCGUUACGACCUAUGAGAUAUUGCUGAAGGACAAGUCGUGGCUUGGGCAGGUUUCGUGGGCGGCUCUGGCGGUUGACGAAGCUCACCGUUUGAAGAAUGAUGCCAGCCAGUUGUACAAAACUCUUUUCACUUUUGACACCAACACUCGGUUACUAAUUACGGGCACACCUCUUCAAAACUCUCUCAAAGAGCUAUGGUCCCUCUUGCAUUUCUUGAUGCCAAAUCUAUUUGAAGAUUGGGAAGAAUUCGAAUCAAACUAUAGCCUCCAGGGACAAACUAAUUCGCCAGAUAGUUAUGAAGCAAUCAAGAACCUUCACCGUACUCUCGAACCUUUUCUUUUACGCCGUGUAAAGAAAGACGUUGAGCAGUCGCUUCCUGCAAAGACGGAACAAAUUCUCCGCGUAGAAAUGUCGAAAAAACAGGCAACUCUUUAUCGUCUUAUACUUGCCCGUAACUAUGAUGGAUUACUGAAAGUCACUCGUGGCCACAAAACGUCAUUCAUCAAUAUUGUGAUGGAGCUUAAAAAGUGUUGCAACCACGCGAACCUUAUUGCACCUCCACCGGACGAGGACUUUCGUCGAGUAGAUGACGCAACUCUUCGCGAACUUAUCAGAGGUAGCGGAAAAUUAAUGCUUCUUGAUAAGCUUCUCCAACGACUCAAACCACAGGGUCAUCGCGUUCUCAUUUUCAGUCAGAUGGUAAGAAUGCUCGAUAUAAUUGCUGACUACCUUCAACUUCGCGGCUGGGGUUUCCAACGUUUGGAUGGUUCAAUUCGGGGUGAACUUCGAAAACAGGCACUUGAUCAUUUUAAUGCCGAGGGAUCGACCGACUUCUGCUUUCUCUUGUCAACGCGCGCCGGUGGUCUAGGUAUCAACCUAGCGACUGCUGAUACUGUAGUUAUUUUUGAUUCCGAUUGGAAUCCACAAAACGACCUUCAGGCGCAAGCGCGCGCUCACCGAAUCGGCCAAACAAAACAAGUGUCCGUUUACCGACUGGUUGUGAAGGAUUCCGUCGAAGAAAAAAUUAUUGAAAGUGCUACUCGAAAGAUGCUUCUCGAUCAUCUGGUUAUUCAACGAAUGGACUCGGGAAGUAGUCGGGGUGGAAAUAAUCGAAAAACUGAUUCAAAAGGUCAGGUUCUUACUGAGAUUCUCCGCCAUGGUGCUGAGAGUAUUUUUAAGCAAAAUGAAGAGGAAGUUGCUGAGGUUGAGGUCGACAUAGAUGAUAUCCUCAACCGUGCUGAAAUGCGAGAUGCGAAUGCCGAAGAAGACCCUUAUAAUCCGGCAAACGUUCUUCUCUCCACCUUUAAUGUGGUGACCCUCGAUCAGCUGGAACAAGAAGACACAAAACCCGUCCAAAUUGAACCCACAGGAAAAGGUACUAAAAUGUGGUCCGAAAUAAUUCCUGAGGAGAUGAGAGAGCAGGUGAAACGAGAGGAGAGUCAAGAUGCCCUCUUAGAUCUUGAAUUAGGGCCACGCCGCAGAAGACAAGUGAAAACAUUUCAGGCUGGCGUCGACAAUUCCGAGCACACUGGUAGUUCCUGUUCAGAAAGUGAGCUUGACGGGAGGCGCCCUGCUCGUUUGUCGGAUAAGGAGAUUCGAGCUCUUGUUAGGGCCAUAAAACGGUUCGCACGCCCACUUGAACGUAUAGAUGCAAUUGCGGCUGAAGCCGAAUUACCUGAUCGAACGAGUUACGAAGUUCGUGAAGUGGUAGAAACAAUUCUUAAGGGCUGCAAGGCUGCAAUGCAAUCGCCAUCGGAGACAGCUGAUAGCGUGGCUAGUAACACCUCCAAACAAAAGGGACCAGUCUACUACUAUGGCAAGGUUGCUGUCGCUGCCAAAUCCCUAUUUAUGAGUUUAAGCCACCUAGAGAUUUUGUACAAGGUGCUUCCCACAUCCUCCAAAGAAGACAGGCUGAACUACGAGCUUCCAUUUGUUCCCAAGUAUGCUAAUUGGUCGAACCCUUGGGAUGCCAAAGACGAUGUUCAUUUGCUUGUUGGGGUCUAUGAGCACGGUUACGACAAUUGGGAAGCGAUUAAAUUGGAUUCCGAUCUUGGUCUCGGUUCUAAGCUCCUUCCGCUAUCUGCAAAUGAGCGACCCCAGGCGAGCCACAUUCGGGCCCGUGUAGAUUAUCUCCUCAAGACUUUGAACAAAUCAAUCACAACAGCAAAUACCAAGGACUCCAAAAAAGGGGUAAUGCAUCGACGUCACGAAAAGGCCUCGAAGCAACAAAAAAAGAAGCACUCGAAGCGUUCCACAGCCCCAAUCCUCACAGAGGAUUCAUCACGUCCAGGCAUUAAACCCAAGUCUGCAGAAUUUGUAGAGUCUGACGACAGUUCAUCGGAUUCCGAACAUGAUGUUGAUAUGCCUUCGGUUCCCACUAUACAGUCCUUAAAGUUAAAGAAAUCCACAAAGCGGCCGCUAAAAACUGAGACCAAUGAUGACCAACCACCAGCAAAGAAGACCAAAAAAGACUCAAGACCAAAGCACGAGCCUUUGCAUUACACUGCCAAUCACGAUCUAGUGUCAAUUAGCAAAGCAGAACAGGAGGAGUUCCAUGAAAUGCGUGGACCACUUUUUGACAAGUGCAAACAGAAACUUCAUCCAAUUAAGAAGUUAUUUAAGCAUUUGGAGCGCUUAGAGAACGAUAACAUAAUGAAGGGGGAGCAAUUCGAUCGUGUCGUCCUCGGUAUUGGCGAACACAUUCGGAUGUUAGUUAGUGGCAUUGAAGAUCGUGAACAACGCCACACUUGGAGAAAGCUGUAUUGGGAAUUUGUGCAAAACUUUUCUGAACGAAAUGCUUCCGAACUGCAGCAGGCUUACCGACUGGCGCGAGCAAAUGAAUUAAUUAAGCAAGAUGACUUCGAAACUAAUUCGUCCACCAAGCUAUCAGACAAGCACCGUGAUGACUGUAAUAGCCACGAUCGUGGUCGUCAUCAUCAUCGACACCAUCAUCGUCAUCAGGAGAACCACCACAGUCGUCACCAUGAGGACCCCGACGUUGGAGGCGAUAGCAAAAAAAACGUGGAUCGCCAUUCCCAGCACCGCGGUCACUCCCAUCACAGACAUAGUAGUAGCGGAGGUGGUAAGCGCUAUUCUUCACCCAAUGCUGGGGAAAAGAAAUUCACUGGGGAAUGGGCGAGUUGUCGACGAGGUGUCAAUUCAAAUGAUAGACUGCCAAGGCACCGUAGUCGCAACGACUGGUCUGGAAGUUCAGGGAACUUUAACAAUGAUCGAUACAACAACGCCUUCAAUCGACCCGGUCCUGGCUUCAAUACCUACGUGAACUCUGAUUUUCACCGUCCUCCGUUGUCUCAGGGACAUGGUAUGGAUUCUGCCUCUAGCAGCAUCCCCCCACCCUACUCCUUCCAACCUCCACCUCCCUCCUGGCAGCGCCACCCAUCACCCCCUGCUCCUCUCCUGCCUGCUCCAUCUUCGGUCGCCUGUAACAGCAUUAUUCCUCCUCCAAUUGUAGCACCAUCGCUUGCGUCUUUCUCCUCAUCGUCUCGUGAUCCUCGGCUGCUGUCCAAUCGGCCCUAG